GGACGUUUACCCGUACGCUGGAUGGCACCAGAGUCUAUAUUAGAUGGAGUGUAUACAAGCAAGAGCGAUGUUUGGUCAUACGGUAUCGUUUUAUGGGAGAUAGCAACACUAGGAGAUGUACCAUACAACGAUAUGUCAACACAGGAAGUGAUAGAGUCCAUGAAUCAAGGAUAUCGAAUGGCAAGACCGGAUAAAUGUCGUCAAGACGUAUAUUCCACUAUGGAAAAUUGUUGGGCAGAUAAUCCCAAAAUGAGACCGUCAUUUCAGCAGUUAAUGACGACAUUGCAAGCAAUAUUAGAUAUUGACAAG